UAGGCUCAGCUCCCCGCACGUGCAAAUUUCAACAAGAUUUGUUUUUAUUUGAAAACAUGGUUUUCAUUCCGAAUUACGUUCUGUUUUGUACACUUCUGCCUGCUUAAUUUAUUUAGAGAAAUGAACUAUACGAAGGAUUUUCGCUUUGACUUCUUGGGCGCUUUAAAAUGUCUGUGUGAUUGUGACGAUCGCUUGAGGAAUGAACUUGCACAAUUUUCAGAAGUGAAGAGCUGGUCUUUUCAGGAGAAGCAAAAUCUACUGCAGAAGUUGGCGGAGGUUUUCUUGAUUCAGGAUUUGGUUCCUUAUCUAGUUAAAUACUGCAGACCAAUACUACUUGAAAUUCUCGAACGUGGAUCUCAAAUCCUGCACCAUAGAUCCAGUCUGGAGAAUGAAGGAUUCUGUUACAUUCUCAGUUGUCUGUUGCCUCUCUCUCACUUGAAAAGUUUUAUCUACAGAUUUAUGAAGGCUUCUUGUUUGUUCAGGAUUUUUUCACAAGAGGAGCAGAAUAAUGAACAAUCAAAUGAAAGGAUUUUGUGUGUUUUGAAAACUGGCUACAAUUUACUGUUUUAUGAUUUUGAAACAUUUUACAGAGUAUGGGACUGGAGUUUUAUUUUUAAACUUCUGCUACACAGACAUCCUGAAGUGAGAUGGUAUGCUCUUCAUAUUGUGGCAAUUUUAACAGAGAUGUCAGACCAAGUGAAGCACAGUCUGCUGGAUAAACUCCUUAGCAUUGAAGAAAAAAAUUCACUUGCAAUUCGCAAAUGCUUAACUGGAGAGUCGUGGAGUUUAAGAGAAGAAUGUGUGAUUAGGGAUGAACUCUGCCCUAUGGCUUCUGAUUCUAUGGAUGUAGACACCAGCAGCACUAAUGAGUCAUGUAUUAGUGACAAAGAUUUAAUUGGCGAAUAUGCAACCAUUUGUGGUGUUUUGUUACCAAUGCUACCUGGAACUCCAGGUCUUGUGGACAAAUCUCUUGUUAUGGUACCAUCGAUGGUAAGCAAUCUUCAUUCACUUGUACUAUCAGUGGCAUCAGGCCAUGGAGUACUGCUUGAGGGACCUAUUGGCUCUGGGAAAACAAGUCUAGUUGAGUAUCUAGCCAGGGCAACAGGGAGAACAAGUCCACCUGACUUUAUCAAGGUUCAACUGGGAGAUCAAACUGACAGCAAGUCCUUGCUAGGAACAUAUGUGUGCACAGACACCCCAGGUGAGUUUGCUUGGCAGCCUGGACCUCUGUUGCAAGCAGUUCGAGGAGGGCACUGGAUUCUCCUGGAAGAUAUUGACUUGGCCCCCAUGGAUGUUACCUCUGUGCUGAUUCCAUUGCUUGAAUCACAAAUGCUUUCUGUGCCUGCACAUGGAAAUGCAGUGAAGGCAUCACCAGGAUUUCAGCUGUUUGCUACACAGAGAUUGUACAGUAGUCUGGGUGGAUCAAGCUAUCAAGCUACUGGUGCUAAUUCUGCUAUCCUGGACAAACUGUGGACAAGAGUUCAAAUUGAGCCACUUUCCAAGGAAGAACUGGUUCAUCUUGUACAUCAAAAAUAUGCAGACCUGGAAGCAGUGGCAACAAAGUUGGUGGAUAUUUACUGCCUCUUAUCAACAGAUCCGCAACUUGUUUCCAGUCAAGAUAUAACAAACUGUUCCCUUCCUCACGAUAAGCGGCUGAGCUCGACAAGAGAUUUCAUGAAGUGGUGCAGCAGGGUAGCUGUAACUGCUUGUGGUGCACCCACUCUGCUUGACUCCAAAGAUGUUUUUCUUGAAGCUCAAGACUGUUUCAGUGCUCCUUUAGCAAAAACAGAAGAAAGGAAUUUUUUAGACAUGGCAGUGGGUGCCAAACUAGGCUUGACAAAAGAGAAGAUUGAAUUCUUCUUCAGAAGCUACAAACCAAAAGUCCAUACCUCACCAUUGUCCUUGACAGUUGGUAGAAUCACUUUGAAAAGAAAGCAUUAUGAUAAUGUGCCAGUGCACUUAAGUGAAAGAAACCUCCCAAAAUAUGCACAUACUAGACAUUCCUUAGUGUUACUUGAAAAAGUUGCUGCUUGCAUCAGAAACAAUGAACCUGUUUUUCUUGUUGGAGAAACAGGAACAGGCAAAACAUCAACAGUCCAAUACCUGGCGGCACAGUGCUCAGUCAGUUUGAAGGUUGUCAAUAUGAGUCAACAGAGUGACAGUUCAGAUCUACUUGGUGGUUACAAACCUGUAGAGAUGAAACAGAUUGUCGCUCCUGUGAGGGAAAAGUUUGAGGUGCUUUUUUGUAAGACAUUUUCAAGAAAGCAAAAUGUGAAGUUCUUGAGUCAUGUACAGAAGUGUUUUGCCCAAGGACAGUGGGAAAUGCUGUUCAAGCUAAUGAUGCAUUGCCAAAGGAAUGCUGUGGAAAGGGUGAAGAAAGAUCAUCAAACGAGUCAUCUUCUCUUGGAAUGGCAAAGUGUAAGCCAAGACAUUCAGCAACUGCAAAAGCAGCAGAAAAAUGCAGAAAGCACAUUGGCAUUCCGAUUUGUUGAAGGCACCCUGGUACAAGCUGUGCAAAAAGGUGACUGGGUGUUACUGGAUGAAAUUAAUUUGGCCACACCCGAGACAUUGGAGUGUCUGUGUGGUUUGCUAGAGAGUUCAUCUGGCUCAGUGGUUCUCAUGGAAAGAGGCGAUGUCACACCUACUCUAAGGCAUGAAGAUUUUCGUCUGUUUGCCUGCAUGAAUCCAGCUACUGAUGUGGGAAAAAAAGACCUACCACCUGGAGUUCGAAACAGGUUCACAGAAAUCUUUGUCAGUGAGUUAGAGAGUACUGCAGAUCUGAAAACCCUGGUGGUGGAUUACCUUCAAGGAUUGUCACCUAAUGCCUCUAUUGUGGAUGGCAUUGUCAGGUUUUACCUCACAGUCAAACAUGAAACGAAUGAUAAGCUGACUGAUGGCACAGGACACAAACCUCAUUACAGUUUGCGGACUUUAUGCCGAGCUUUAAAAUAUGCAGCAGCAAACCCUCAUCAGAAUGCUUUGAGGUCUAUCUAUGAGGGUUUUUGUUUGAGUUUUCUGACGCAGUUGGACCGCUCAUCUCACCCUGCUGUACAGUCCCUCAUUAAACAACACCUCCUGGGGCAUGUGAAUGGUGCCAGCAUGUUGAAGCAGCCCCUACCCAUGCCACAACACUCUGGACAGUUCUGUAAUUUUGAAGGUUUCUGGAUUGCAAUGGGCAGCAAAGAACCGGUUGUGUCAACAGAGUAUGUGUUAACAGCUUCAGUGAAGGCUAACUUGAAGGAUCUUGGCAGAGUUGUGUCUGCAAGAGACCAUAGGAGGUUGUUGGAUGACAACAGAGAGCUGUUUAUUCCUGAAACACAAGAGACAGUUGUAGCCCACCAAAUGUUCAUGUUGUUUGCUACACAAAAUCCACCUGGACAUUAUGGUGGAAGAAAGGUGCUGUCACGAGCCUUUCGGAAUCGCUUUGUGGAACUUCAUUUUGACGAGCUUCCCAGCAAGGAACUGGAAAUUAUACUUCACAAACGUUGUAGUUUGCCACCCUCAUAUGCCAAGAAACUUGUUUCCAUCAUGCUAGACUUACAGGCGCGCCGUAGAAGCAGCAAUGUGUUUGCUGGGAAGCAAGGAUUUAUUACUCUCCGUGAUUUGUUUCGCUGGGCAGAGAGGUACAGCAAGACACCUGACGUUGAAGGUGGUGGCUUUCAUGACUGGGAUCAACAUCUUGCUGAGGAUGGUUACAUGCUUCUUGCUGGCCGGUGCCGAAAUCCUUCAGAAUGCAAAGUCAUCCAGGAAGUGAUUGAACUCCACAUGAAAAGAAAACUUGACCCUGAUAUCUUGUUUGGUGAUGCAUCAGUGGAAAGGCAUUCCACUGGCGUUUCUAGUCUCAUGACAGAAGUCACCUCAGCCUCACUGGAGGGAUUCAAGCACAUUGUCUGGACUCAGAGCAUGCGGCGACUUGCUGUCCUGGCUGGGAGGGCACUGCAAUUUGGAGAACCAGUUUUACUUGUUGGAGAAACAGGUUGUGGCAAGACAACCAUUUGUCAGUUGUUUGCUUCACUGUGGAAUCAAAAGAUGUUUGCUGUCAACUGUCACAUGCAUUCUGAGUCUGCUGAUUUCCUUGGAGGUCUGAGACCUGUGAGGAACAGAGGCCAGGAGGAGCAGAAUGAACAAGUUUCCAAACUAUUUGAGUGGUGUGAUGGACCACUUGUACAAGCCAUGAAAGGGGGCGCCAUGUUCUUAGUAGAUGAGAUUUCUCUGGCUGAUGACUCGGUACUAGAGAGACUGAACAGUGUCCUGGAGCCUGAGAGAACAUUAUUGCUUGCUGAGAAAGGUGGUGGUGGACAUUCAGCAGGAGAAGAUAUUGAUGUGCUCAUUGCACACAAAGACUUCAAAAUUAUAGGAACAAUGAAUCCUGGCGGAGACUUUGGCAAGAAAGAGCUGUCGCCUGCUUUGAGAAACAGGUUCACAGAGAUUUGGUGCCCUCCUUCAAAUGUCAGGGAAGACCUCAUAAAGAUUAUAGAUCACAACAUCAAGCCUGGAAUUACACUGCAGUCAACCUGCAAAGGGACAUCUGGAAUAGGAGAGGCCAUGAUGGACUUUAUAGAAUGGUUCCAUUCCAAGGACUUUGGAAAGAAGUUUGUGGUGAGCAUCAGAGAUCUUUUGUCUUGGGUAAACUUUAUCAAUACAUGUAGUUUCCCAGCAACGCGUGAUGAUAUGGAGGACAAAGUACUGCUCCCUCCAGCCAUGGCGUAUGUCCAUGGUGCUUGCCUUGUGUUUCUGGAUGCUUUAGGCUCAGGUUCAUCAUCGUCAGUGUCAGCAUCAUCGUCAUCAUCAUCAAGUGGUGCUGUGAAAGAUGCAUACAAAGCAUGCUUUGAAUUCCUAGGUAGUCAGGUGGAACAAAGCAAAGAAGCAGAGGGAUGUUUUGGAGAGCAAAAUGGAAUCACCAGUGACAGAACAGAUGUGUUUGGUAUUAGCCCGUUUUUCAUUCCAAGAGGUCCACUGCUCCCACCAGAGAACUUUGGAAGCUCAUAUACCCUCAGCUCACCAACAACAUCUCAAAAUGCACAGCGUGUGCUCCGUGCCCUUCAGCUGCCCCGCCCUAUUCUGCUGGAGGGUUCUCCUGGAGUUGGGAAAACCAGUCUUGUUGGAGCUAUUGCAAAGGCUUCUGGUCAUGAGUUAAUUAGGAUAAACCUCUCUGAGCAGACUGAUGUGACAGACCUGUUUGGUGCUGACUUACCUGUUGAGGGAGGUGAAGCUGGGCAGUUUGUUUGGCGGGAUGGACCACUGUUGAAGGCACUUAAAGCAGGACAUUGGAUUGUCUUGGAUGAGCUGAAUUUAGCCUCACAGUCUGUUCUUGAAGGACUCAAUGCCUGUCUGGACCACAGGGCUGAAGUUUAUAUUCCUGAGCUGGGGAUGACGUUCAAAGUUCAGCGUGAGAAGACGAGAUUAUUUGCUUGUCAGAAUCCAUUGAACCAAGGAGGUGGAAGGAAAGGCUUGCCAAAGUCUUUUCUUAACAGAUUCACACAGGUAUAUGUAGAGCCACUUUCGAAACCAGACUUGCUGUUCAUCACAGAAGCUCUUUACCCACAAAUAGAUCAUAAUAUCUUAGAAAAGAUGGUCACAUUCAAUCAAAAGAUUCACCAAGAGACAGUUGUGGAGGGGAGAUGGGGAAGGAAAGGAAGUCCCUGGGAAUUAAACUUAAGAGAUGUAUUCAGGUGGUGUGAUCUGCUUAUCAAACACCAGUCUCCUGGUUUUUGGGACAUCAGUCAGUUUGUGCAUCUUAUUUACAGUGAUAGAAUGAGGACAGUGCAAGAUAAACAGAUGGUGCUCAAGUUGUUCAAGUCAAUUUUUGAGAAUUCAGAGCAGAUAAGCAACAUCUUCCAGGCCCGGAAGUCAUUUUGCAUCACACCAACUCAUGUUCAGGCUGGUCAUUCAUGGCUUCCUAGAUGUACCUCAGUGGAUCAAUCCAGUAUUUCUGGAAGACCUUUGCAAGUCCUCCAUCAUUGUCUGCCAGCCAUGGAGUCACUGAUGACGUGUCUUGACAUGAACUGGAUGGCCAUACUAGUUGGUCCAAGGUCCUGUGGAAAGACAUCCCUUGUCCAUCUUGUUGCUCAACUGACGGGAAACAGGCUAGAAGUAAUGGCCAUGAACAGUGCCAUGGAUACUACAGAACUACUGGGAGGAUUUGAACAAGUACGACAGUCUUUUCAGCAACAGCAAUAUCCUUCUGUUCUGGACAGACUGAAUGCUUUGUUAGAGCCUGGAGGAGUCCUGACCAUUGAUGAAAGGGGUGUCAUAGAUGGGCAAAUCCCCGCCAUCAAACCACACCCUAACUUCAGGUUGAUUCUAGCCAUGGAUCCGAGAUAUGGGGAAAUAUCACGAGCAAUGCGUAAUAGAGGAGUAGAGAUUUUCAUGCUAGGAGAGGAGGAUCGUGACAUGUUUGAUGACUAUGAUCGCCACAUGAUGCUACAUGGUUUAGGGCUGGAAGAUAAGGCGACAUGUGAUUCUCUUGUUACGUUUCAAAAAGACUUCAAGAGAGUCGUUGGAGGUUCAGUACUAGACAUGCUUCAUGCAGCGUCACUAACAAGGCAACUCCUUGAACGAGGAAGUGAUGCACUGUCUGCUAUUACAACUUCUCUUAAACAAGUUUAUCUUCGAAAUCAGGUGUCUGAACAAAGCAAACAGGUAUCGUCAUUUUGCAUGAAACAUGAAACAUCCAUGUGGACAGUAGUUUUUAACAACAUAAUGGGGUUAAGUGGUAUUUUAGAAGAAUUUAUACUGAGGAAAUUAGGUAAGACUGUUGAAGCACCUGUCAAUACAGCUCUGAUACAAGAUGCACCAGUAAUUAUGCACGCCACAAGUGAUUACAGGGAUUCCCACAGCAGUCAUUUCCUUUUUUCAGACACCAGAGACAUUCUAUGGGAUUCCAUUUGCCGUGGCAAGAUGUGGGUACAACUUGGCUUGGUGCUGUCGUUGAUCCUGUCUCCUGUUGGGACAGUGGAUCCUGUGGAGAAGAACAGCAUUGUGUUGCAGCAUGUUAAGAAAGAGAUUCAAAGACUUGAAGAAGAGUUAAAAGUGAGGUACUACGCAGAAGAAUAUUGGACCGGUUUGAAGACCAGCUCAGAUCAACUGGAAGCUCUGUUGUCACUGGAGUGCUGGAGUGAAUCACAGUUAACCUCAAAUCCUUGGCGUGUCCGGCGGCUGUUAACCAAACUAAAAGAACUCCGAGUUCAAGCUCAACAUCUGGACAAGAAUUCAGCUUUUAGACCGGCCAUUUCACAGUUUGAAGUUAUUCUUUCUGAAGUAAAACACUACUUGAGUACAGUGGGUGAUACCAGCACAAUUCUCAGCCUGAUUGACUCCCUGAGUGGGCUGGCAUCACAAAUGUAUGCCCAACUUAAAGAAGGUGUCCUCGGAAAUAUUCAGUUGAAUGCUGUCAACUCAGCUCUUCACAAAGCCAAAGCGUGGUACACAUCUGCAGAAAGAUUUGUCCUGCGGUUAAAGAAAGAACACCCACUGUACUGCGAUUUACUGGGACCUUUUGUUGCUGCCGUGUCUCAGGUCAUUUACGGGGUAUCCCUCAUGUCAGCAAAGCUAUCAACGCUGUUUCAACAAUACACUUUUUGCGUUCAGCUUCCAGUGGACACCAAGUCACAGUUUAGUGGUCCAGACGACGUCUUGCAGUUAUUGUGUCAGUUCCCCAUGUCAAGUUCGUCGUCCUGUUUGGACACUGCAGUGUCUCUUAUGUCACCCUCUGUUGAUAGUUGCAUCCAAGGAUCGGUCAAAUAUCUACAAGGUCGUGAAAUGGCCGCUUCAGCAUCUGGACUUGUUGCAUACAGGAUCUUACGCCUGUCAGUGCUUUAUCUUCGUAAUCAUUCCAUCCAACAUGGCUUCCUCGAUAGCAAAAUGUACCAGGCAGUGGCUUCAAUUCUGGCAAUUUUCGUGAACAAAUGGAAAAUCUUCAAAGAACAAGAAAGGGAGCGAGAAGAGGAGGAGGGAAACUUGUUCAAAUUUAGGAACAAAAUUCAUGGCUCAAAUCUAACUGAGGAUGAAGAGAAUAAAGAAGCCCUUAGCCAGGCCUUUCCAACCUUUGAUGGAGAUUUUAAGGACAUCAUGGCUCCCCAGGAUUUGAAUGAGAAUGUGGUCGUCCCCCAGGGGGAAAGUGAGUCAUCUACACAUGCUUCAAAAUCAGACGCUGAACUGUUUAUGUCAAACAUUACCGACUUCUCGGAAAUCCGAAAACUACACGAGGAGACGUUCUGUCGAUUUCCAUCAAGUCAAGAUUUCUCUUUAGAUGGGACAGACCGCUGCCCAAGUGAGUCCUUAGAGACGUUGUAUUUGGAAACUUUCCAGUGGAGUUAUCAAACUGCUGCAGUGGUGAAUGCCAUCAUUCCAUACUCAUUAAACCUAACUGCACAAGCAUUGUUAGCACUUUUGUCAGAAAAAGUUACGUUUGUGCNCUUAAGAUCGUGGUUUCUUCAUUCUGAUGCUCGGUCAACUCCCCUUUACCAAAAAGUACAAUCCCAAAGUGUUGUAAGUGCAGGUACCCCGUUUAAUAUUUACCACGAUUCCAACAUUCAAGAGGUGGUCAAGGUGAAACCAGUUCUUCAGCGUUUAAUGGUUCGUGUUCAUGAGUUGUUGGCAGAAUGGCCUCGGCAUCCUAAUCUUUUGCAGCUGUCGGUGGUGGUGCAAAGAAUAUUGUCCUUUCCUGUGACAAGUCCAGUGAUGAAGAUUCUAACAGGUCUUGAGGUUUUGCUUAGGAAGGCCCAGGACUGGGAGUCUAAUGCCGCUAAACAUGUUAGCCUUAAAGACCAUCUGGACAACGUGACAAGUCUGAUUAUACAGUGGAGAAAAAUGGAGCUCAAAUGCUGGUCAUCUCUACUUGAUGUGGCUACUGUUAAGGCGGCAGGAAAGGCCAGUCAGUGGUGGUUUCAUAUUUAUAACUCGUUGGAACAGUUUAGGGCACGCGAGGAAGGUCAUGAACUCAAUGAUACUAUCCCUAAAGGCAGCGAGUUAAUCGAACCACUUCAGAGAUUCAUUGAAAGCUCAACGCUUGGUGAAUUUGCCUCCCGUGUUCAAAUGCUAUUUGCUUUUUACAAGGAAAUGUGCUACGAGGAAGGCAGCACUUGGAAAACUGAAGUGACAGUGUCAGAUGUUCUGUGGAACCUGUACAGCUACUACAAGCAGUUCAUUCCCUGCGUCGAGCAAACCCUACAAGAAAUGAGAAAACCCAUUGAAAAAGACCUUAAGGUUUGUAGUUGUAUGCAAUAUAGAGCGCCCUUAGACUGCAGAUCAAGCGGUCCGGGUUUGAGCCCUGGUCGGGGUCAUUUACUCAGUUGUGUUCUAGGGCAAGAACCUAAUACUUUCACAGUGCCUCUCACCACACAGAUUUAUGAAUCGUUAUCCGCGAAUUUAAUUUGUUUUAAGGGGGGUUGGGGGGGGGGGGGAAGCUUUAGUAGUACAAUACUAGCAGCUUGUUUCCUGGAAGAGUUUUUAGUAACUGCCAAGUUACCUCUGCUGAUUUGUUUUGUUCCCAAGGUCUCACUUGAUGAACCGGUGCAAAAAACCUUGAUGAAUGUUGGGAAGACUCUUGGCUCUCCCGAAGAAAGAAAACAUCAAACAAAUGAACGAAAAGAUGUACAACCUGAGUGGUUUACAUCACCAGACAACUUAAAGGUGUAUUGUGUCAGAGGUCGUCAGCUUGUUUCAGCGUAUGAACAAUAUGGAUUGUGUCUCCCAAUGAACCAGACUCGGUUACCAAAACUCUUUGAAAAGAUGAGGCAGCUUUCCCAGCAGAUACUGAGCCAACAAGAGUAUAUGCUGCUGGUGAUGUCUUUAGAUGACUUUACAGGUGAAGUCAUUGCCACGUCCAACGAAUUACAGGCUUUAGAUGUGACCAAUCAGCCGAAAGAAAAGCAAGCAGAGAUGCGAAAACAUAUUCAACAAAGGAAACGCAAAAGUCUGUCAGACCUGUUCAAGAUGUUAUCCUCACUUGGUAUGAUGGCAAUGCCUUCUUGUACAACAAAUGUCUCCCUUAAGCAGCUCACAGAAGCUGUCGGUUUACCAAAUGAUGAUGUCACCAGAGGACUGAUACCUCUACCACCUCAGAGAGACCUUGAAGAACGCACGGUCCAGCUGAUGGCUCUUCUAACCCACACGGCCCAGGUUCUACAACAAAUGUCCAUAUUGCUGAAGUGUUGUCCCAGUGAGAAAGUGUCACUUCAGGAAUGGUCUCCACUGCCGCAAUCUCUGCUAUCACCUCUGGCCAUGUCUUCUGCUGACGAUGUUCUCGUCACAGAAGUAACACAGACGCUAGAGGGUUCUGUAAAGAAAGUGCAACAGCUAAGCAAAGAUGUCAGACCUUACGCUGCUGUAUCGGAUCACGUGUUAAAUAAUACCAACCGGGAUGACAGCACAGCUUUUAUAGCUUCUUGGCGUCAGUUUGCUACGGUAUUGGAUGCUUUUGUUAAGUUGGAGAAAAUUGCUGAAGUGAUUGACGAAAUGUUGCCCAAGUUUUCAUCCCAGUUUUGUCCCGCAGAUAAAGGCCUUGGCGGACCACUGACGUGCCUUAAGAAUAAGAUUUUGAAAGAAUGCAGGGAAUUUCACGCCUGGAGAACUGACAUGUUGGUAGAACGAAAUGGAGAGAAACCCUUGAAUGAAGACAAGCAGAUGUUGAAAUGUGUUCAUNACUUGACAACCCUUCUCCAUCAAAGCUUGCUUGAUGACAUCAACAGCCUCGACUUCAACAACGUGACGAAAGCAAUCUCUAGCCUCAUGUCCCAACUCAAAGACAUGGCUGAUUCUACAGGGUCGGCUUAUAGCUCUCCAGUCCAGCUGUCGUCUAUUAGCUUCUGCACGCUGUUACUAGCAAGUUCCAUUCCUCUUCUUCAUCAGUACUUGAACCUCUCGCAGAACCUCCUCGUCAAUUUAUUAGCAGCCCACCGUGCAACAAGCAAACUGCUGUCUGUCUUGUUGAGCAUUUUUACUGACCUGGCCUCGAAGGGAUUCUGUCUCCCCCCGGAAAUUGAAGAGGGUGAAGGGGACGGGGCCACAGAAUUUGAAGACAUUGAAGGGGGAGGUAUCGGAGAAGGAGAAGGAAUGAAGGAUGUCAGUGACCAAAUAGAGAACGAGGAUCAGGUGUGUGAAGAAGAAGAUGCUGUUGCUGAGACUGAUCAAGAAGACUGGAAAACAAAUGCAGAUAGUCAGUCUCAAGAUAACGUCCAGGCCGUAGAGGAUUCUGGAGAAGGCGAGGGAACUGGAGAACAAUCUGAUAUUACCGCUGGCCAAUCUGAGUCCACAGAAGGUAGUGAAGAGCAGGGAGUGGGGCGAGCUGAAGCACCUGGCAACGAGGGACACCACGGGGAGUCACGUCAGAGCACUGUCCAGGCCCCUGCUGACACCAAUCAACAGGCGAACAAGGCAACAAGUCAAGAUCUCUUCCAGCACAUGCAAAAUGAAGAUCCAUCGUCUCACGAUGCGCAGACUCUUGAUAGUGCAACCGCUGAUCAAGCUAAAGAGCAAGAAAAGGCACACUUUCCCGAUAUGCAUAGCGAUGGAGAAGACGAAGAGGAAGAGGAAAUGAAAUCUGCUUUGUUGGAAGAGAAUGAUGAACUUCCUACGCCAGACAAACCACAGCAAUCUCGACUACCACCGCCAAUCAAGUCUCAAAUAACAGCAGAUAAUGAAGAUGGAAGCGAUGGAGCUGAGAGUGAGUCUCGUGAGGAUGACAUGGAAACUAAUGAUGGUGAAGAAAUGACAGCUGAGCGCAUGCGCAGUACUUAUCACUCUUCUGAUAUGGCGCUGGCGUUUGAGAGACUGGACAUAUCAUCGCUGGAUCCUGAGAAGUUAAGGUCAGAUCUCGAACAUCAGUUGGCAGAAUGGAGCAACAUGGACCGAGGUACGGCCGACGAACAGCGAGUCGCACAAGAGGCCUGGCGCAAGUACGAGCUUCUCACCUCCAGUCUCUCUCAGGAGUUGUGUGAACAGUUGCGACUGGUGCUAGAACCUUCAUUAGCUACCAAACUCAAGGGAGAUUACCGGUCGGGGAAAAGGUUAAACAUGAGGAAGGUGAUCUCUUACAUCGCCAGUCAGUUCCGCAAGGACAAGAUCUGGCUGAGGAGAACUAAGCCUAGUAAGAGGCAGUACCAGAUCAUGUUGGCUGUGGACGAUUCUUCCAGUAUGAAUGAUAACCACUCUAAACAGCUGGCGUUUGAGUCCUUAGCAGUGAUCAGCAAUGCAUUAACCAGACUGGAGGCUGGUGACUUGGGUGUGUGUAGGUCAGUGCAGUUCAUUUGUUUGUCUUUAUCUAAGUCCUUGCAAAUAUUUAAGCAACUUUCUUCCUUCUUGAAGGACAUAUCAUCGCUGGAUCCUGAGAAGUUAAGGUCAGAUCUCGAACAUCAGUUGGCAGAAUGGAGCAACAUGGACCGAGGUACGGCCGACGAACAGCGAGUCGCACAAGAGGCCUGGCGCAAGUACGAGCUUCUCACCUCCAGUCUCUCUCAGGAGUUGUGUGAACAGUUGCGACUGGUGCUAGAACCUUCAUUAGCUACCAAACUCAAGGGAGAUUACCGGUCGGGGAAAAGGUUAAACAUGAGGAAGGUGAUCUCUUACAUCGCCAGUCAGUUCCGCAAGGACAAGAUCUGGCUGAGGAGAACUAAGCCUAGUAAGAGGCAGUACCAGAUCAUGUUGGCUGUGGACGAUUCUUCCAGUAUGAAUGAUAACCACUCUAAACAGCUGGCGUUUGAGUCCUUAGCAGUGAUCAGCAAUGCAUUAACCAGACUGGAGGCUGGUGACUUGGGUGUGUGUAGCUUUGGAGAGACUGUCCGCCUGUUGCAUCCAUUUCACGAACCGUUCACAGACCACUCUGGAGCAAGAAUCUUACAGCAAUUUACCUUCGAUCAAAAGAAAACCAAAAUAGCGCAACUCCUAGACACGUGCACAAGUCUGAUGCUCUCAGCGCAUUCACGGCUUCCUUUGUCCCCCCGGAUGAGACGUGACACCUCUCAACUGUUGCUCAUUGUGUCUGAUGGCAGGGGCAUAUUCCUGGAGGGCAUGGAGACUGUACAGAAGGCCGUUCGAAUUGCAAGAGAGGCCACAAUAUUUAUGGUCUUUGUGAUUCUUGACAACCCGGCCAACAAGGACUCCGUACUUGACAUCAGAGUGCCGAUAUUUCGUCCGGGAAAACUGCCAGAAAUCAAAUCCUACAUGGAACAGUUCCCUUUUCCAUUUUACAUCAUUCUCAGAGACAUCAACGCAUUGCCGCUGACCCUGAGUGACGCACUAAGGCAGUGGUUUGAACUGGUGUCUAGUAUGGAUUGAUAGCGAAAGCUUUCAGAGUAAAAUGCGCGAGGGCCUGAAGAGAGCGAAAGAGGCUUGCCAUCUGGGACCAGACUGAUGUCAGAAUACCAGAUUGCCGUAAAACGAAUAUCAAGGAGAUCACUUGUUCAAUUUCAUACUCGUGUUGUCCAAUUAGGAAAUCACAAGUUGGCAAGUCUCACAGCAUGUUGCAUGAGAAUCGCUGAUGUUCCUUAGCAAUGUCUGCAAACAACCGCUGGCAUGGAUUAUGGAAGAUUAUAUGGAUUAUGGAAGAUGCAAGAUUUUCGGUAGUUAAAUGAGCCUGUGGUUUACGUGCGAGGUUUUCAUCCUCUAUGCUUGUUGUACCGUAGUCUGCAGAGCUUUGCUUGCUUCCUGGACGCCAUCUUGUUUUGAUUGAAAGAGUGGACGAACGCGCGGUCUUGGGUCCAAGCCAAGCUAUUCUUCCGGUCAUUCCCAGAUUUCCUUUGUGCCCCCACUUUUGUAAAAAUCUGCGGGUUAUUAAUUAAUAUACAUACCGUUGAGAAGAUCCUCGGUAAAAUAAAAUCAACUUAUGUUAACAAAUUGGUCACAAUGAAAUUACUAGUUUAAAUUAAAUCAUUUAAAAACAUUUUUGUUAAAAUAUAUGCCACGACGUUCUGGCGGUUCCAUAACGUCACUACCAAGUCAAAACGAAAAAAUGCGCGAAGAUAAAUAUGAAAUGAAAUGAAAAUUGCUAAGGAGAUCAACGCAAUGGAGCAAAGAUGAGCAAAAUAAAAAAUAGAAUAUCUCUUUGUAACAGAGUCAGGUAAAAAGAUUGGUGCGAGAUGAGCGUUUAACUCAGAAUACAAUUCCUUUGUAACAAGCUUUUCAUAAACCAAACAACAAACUCUAAUCUACAUUUGUUUAAUACGUAAAAUAAUUUGACCUCUAAAUUAAAGCAGACUUUGAUAGUCCACGUUU